CUCGAGCCGCCGUGCCUAGCGGCCGCCGAUUAUUCGCCCAAGCCAGACAAGGACGGCUACGUUCAUCUGCUGCUGUUUUGCGAACAUAACACCAGCAGCAGCAGCCGUGGCGGCGGCGAGCGCACACAUAGCGAGCGAUACUUAUAACUUAUACACAAGACACGGACGGCAAAGAGACAGCAAAAAAGUUAUCGCGACACAAGAGAGAGAAGAGAGUGAGAGAGAGAACGAGAGAGACCGCCCUGUGCUGCUGCUCUGUGACUUUUGCGACUGCUGCAGCCAGGCAAGAAGAGCAGCGCACACGGACGACGAAAAACACAGCGUUUACAUUUUAUUUUUAAAAUACGCCUCCGACCCGAGUGCGAGGACUGCGGGGAGUCAUACGUCGCGUAUUCGUCGCGCGAGCGGACUCGAUAGUACUUUGUACGCUCGGUGCAGUCAGUGUUUGCCAAAAAGAACAAUCGCGAGUGCAGCCGAGAAGGAGCAAGAAAAAGUGGAGUUGCGUUUAUAAUGUACAAAGAAGACGGUGCAUUGUAGGCUUGCAGCGCGAUUCGCGAGUGCCUCCGCGAGUAUAUAAUACAUAGCGCGGCUACUCGCGCACACACCAGCAAGUGUAUAUCUACAUGUUGUUAGUUAUAAUACGCAAUCCGCGAAGGAAAGGCCAGCAGCAGCAGCACGCCAACUGCUCGGCAGCAACUCCUCGGCAGCGCGCCGCGGAGGAGGAAAGAGAGCGUGAAGUGUAUUAACGAGGAGAGAGUGCAGAAUUGCUAAGCUCAUAGCCAUGCACUCGAGCUGCGAGCUGCUCGGCCAGAUAUAUUAUUGCUGCUUUAGAGAAACCUAAGCCUGAUGUUCUCGCGCUUCGAUACGUUGAAUAUCAAAAAGUCCGCAAGAAGAGCGUUUGUUCAUACGUGAGUGCGCGCUUGAUUGUGUGAGACAGUGCGACAGACGAGUGCUUUUUUUCGUCUGUUUUUUUUUCGCUCCUCGUCGUGCCAUUGCUGCAUUCGCGCGAAACGACACAUACGAUACUCGACCAAGAGCCGCAGAUCGUGAUAUGCUCCAAGCGGCUGCAGCUGCAGUGCGGAAAACGAUGACGAGGAGCUGCUCGUGUAGCGGCACAACGACGACAACGACUGCGACCAACAUAGCGACAGACUUCAGCGAGAGCUCCGAGACGGGGAUGAAGAUGAUGACACAGCAGCACAAUAAUAACCGAUGUUCUGCUGACGAUUGUGUCGUUGGUCAAUUCUUGCAGCUAUGACUGGCCUAGCCUUUUUCGGCCUGGCCGUCGUGCCUAGCCUGAUUAUCAACAGGCUCAAUUGCUGCUCCGGUUUUGGAUUAGUUUUGCUACUUCUGCAACUAUUUGCUAGUUGUCAAGCUAAUCCAUUGCCAAGCAAUUUCCACCAUGCCUCCCUUGGUGCUAAUGUGCCAAGCGAGCAUUGGGAAACCAGUUGGCUUAUGUAUGGCAUAAGUUUGCUGGGGAUCACAACGACAACUUUUACUCUGGUUGGCUGCUUAUGCUGUCGUCGUAAACGACCAAAAGGGUUUAAGGAGAAUUCUGAAGGAAGUGUAAAUAAUAAGGAAUUCAAGGAUGCUUGCACGAUCGAGAACGACGCGUCUCUGCCGCAGAUGCAGGGCCUCGAGCUGCAGGUACCGAUCAGCACGAGCCUCAACGAGUGCGUGCAGUUCGAGCCGAUCGCCGUGGAGCGCAUCGUGCCCGAGUCGCUGCUCGGCAACAGCAGCAUCAGCCACAGCGGCCUGACCCCGUCGCCGAGGCCCAAGCCGCCCGCGGCGCUGCAGCAGCAGGACAACACCGACUGCGACAGCGAGUCCGACGCCUCGACCCUCAAGGACUCGUGCCACGAGUGGUUCCAAAAGACCGAUCUGCACGUGCCGCGCGACAAGCUCAAGUACCUGCGAGAAAUCGGCCACGGAUGGUUCGGCAAGGUCGUCGAGGGCUGCGCCGACAUUCAAGCGCUUCAUCAGAACAAGUCGCCAGUCGUCGGCGGUGCAGUCAACAACUUGGGCAGCAACGUCGUGGUGCGCAUCCUGACGGAGGAGGCGACGGCGCGCGAGAAGGCCUGGUUCCUCGGCGAGGCCACGCCGUACUUCAAGCUGCGCCAUCGCAACAUCCUGUCGCUGUUCGGCUCCUGCCUCGAGUCCGAUCCGUAUCUGCUGCUGUUCGAGGCCUGCCCGCUGGGCGACCUCAAGGGCUUCCUGCGCACCAACCGAGACCUGCAGUCGCGCCAGGCCCUCGUCAACGAGAACAUGCCGACGAGGAUCGCCAUCGAGGUGGCGGCGGGUCUGCGCCACAUGCACGAGCACGGCCUGACCCAUACCGAUCUCGCCUCGAGGAACUGCCUCGUCGCCUCGGACCUGUCCAUCAAAGUCGGCGAUUACGGGCUCGGCGUGGAAAAAUAUCCUGCCGAUUAUUACGUGCUCGGCGACAGAGCACUGCCGAUACGCUGGACGGCGCCCGAGACAAUCGAGUGCACGGAGACGACAGUGCAGACGCGUGAGAUCACUGUGAGAGCCAACGUGUGGAGCUACGCGGUGCUACUUUGGGAAAUAGCUCGCUGGGGAGAGCGGCCUUACGACGACUUGGGCGACGAAAAAGUCAUAGAAUCGCUGCUUUCGUCGUCGCGCACUCCGGCGGACAAAUUGGCGACGGCUCGCACGCUGCUCGACAACUGCCAGGGCUGCGCCAGCAAUCUGAUCGAGGCGAUCGAUGCCUGCCUCGUGCUCGAGCCCGAAAAGCGGCUUCCUCUCGAACGCGUGAGACACGUACUUUUGCGGGAACAGCUCGAAUCGGAAAGCUCGGACUUCGAGCAGCGUUGGGAAACUUUGCGGCCAAACACAGCACCGCAGACGCCUUUCCAUCAGCAGCUCCAACAGCAGCAACAGCAACCGCGAAGUGCCAGUUUACAGAAUCUACGAGGUAGUCUAGAUUCCGAGCAGUGGCCGAGCUUCACGCAGACGCUUACGUCGUUCCGUUUGGGUCCCGAAGAACCAGUGAAAAAUGUGCCACGCUCUUUGAGAUUGCCCUUCCGUGAAUCUGACUCCGAAACCGAGGAAGAAAGUUGGCGUGGUCGUGUCGAGCGCGGCGCUUACACCGAAAAAGUCAAGCAAAAGAGCAAAUCUGUUGCCGAUCUCAUGGUUCUCGUCCAUAUUGAACCAGAAUCCGAUGCCGAUCUAUCGCUUGGACCUCAGAUAUCUAUGUCGGACAAGGCAUCAUUAUGUAAAAAAAGAUUGCCGGUUACUGGCAGUGACGGUGACUUACCUAGUGCUGUGUUCCACGAUCAGUUCGAUUGGGCGCUAAAAAAACUUCGAGACCCGUUGUCUAUAGGCAACAGUUUGCGUGUGCCUCGAUCGUUGAUAUCUGCAGAUCGACCCAAGUUACUCACUCUCACAACAGACCAUGGUCAAACGCCGAUUCUUCGAUUAGCAGUCGAUUCAAAAGACGAAAAUAUUGCCCACGAAGUUACAGAAGAAACUAGUACCGUCCAAGCUUCAAACAUGUCUUCUUCACCUAACGUCCUAUCCCCAACAGCACAUGUUUUAACGUUAUUCCCUAAAGAUGAUACAAAUCAGUCCUUACUGCGCUAUAACGACGAAGCUUCUGAAACUCCUGCCUCUGGGGGUGCUAUCGCUGAGCCUGCACCUUUAUCGGAUAUUGAAAAAUCACAAUCUACGCUAGCUGAUAUUACUGAGCCGAGCGAAGAUGAUGUUCCACCACAUUUAGCGAAAAACAUUCAAGUGACAGAUUUGGACGAAGAAAGUGACGCAGAGCAAACAGUUGUAGUAAACAAACCCAGAGUGCAAGAGGACAAUAAUACAUGGAACGAGGCACUCACUACGGCUUUGGAACAAAAAACCGUGGCUCCGAGCGCUUCCAUUACAACAACUCCGACGCACAAAAAUGAAGCAACGAACGAAGAGACAAUAACUCCGUCGCCUCAAUCUCGAGCAGAAUAUUCCGCUGAAGACGUCGAGGAUGAGUUUUCGAACGCCGAGGAUCUUCCUGGUUUGUCAAAGCAUCAACUACCAAUGGAUGAAGAAGACGACCGAAAGCGCAUGUCAACACCAGACGAUGAACGAAGUUCGGAUUCGGGCUUCCGUGAUAAAGAGUCAUGCGAAGAGGAAGAGAGUCCUUUGCCCGGUCCCUUGCCUAAACUCGAUAGUGUUUCCCAACCUGACAAUGCUGAGGAAGAGCAACUUCGUAUAUUACUCGAGCUCGAUACGAUACUCGAUGCCGAGUGUUACGGUACUCUUGGCGAAUCACUUGAACAGAAUCAGCAACAGCAGCAACAGAUGCUUGAUAAAUCAGCAAGCUUAGAGAUAUCUUCAAAUUCAUCAAAGAAUCUAUCGGAUAAGCCAGAUAUUGAAACAGAAACUGAGAGCUCUGACACAGUACAGUCAUCGAGUGAGGCCACGGUCAUUACUGAGCGCGAAAACAUUCAAAUUGACAAGUCCGCAAGCGAUGAUACGAACGUCAGUUGCUGCGUUCUUCUAGAUUCGCAGCCAAUAUUAGAUUCCGAUUCUACGUCUGGAGGUGCUGGUGCGGCCAAUACGGGCAGCGACGAAAUCAAUAAUACUCAGGCUAAUCUCGAAGAUGAGGAUAGUUCUACCAUGUCAAUGCGUAGUGAUAACUCCUACGUUUCAUUUGCUAUGGAUGAGGAGUUUGUCGCUGCUAUUAGAAACGAGUUGAGGGAAAAACUCCCUCAAGCUCAAACAAGCAUCGUUGAACAACAGGAUCCGCGCGAUGAUGAUGAUCCAUCACUUGUCGGCGAUGUAGACAAUAGAAACUGGGACGACGAAGAUGAACUUGGUGAUCGUAGUGGUACUAUAGAUAUAUCCAUUAGGUAUAACUCUUUCGGAACACCUCUUAGUCCGAUAAUGGAAGAACGUGAAAAUUCAAAUAAUUCUGACUCCACGAAUAAUAAAGAUGAGUCGCAAGAUGCUUCGACUGCAUCUAAAGGUAAUGGUAGUUCAAUAUCAGAGGACGACGUACUCCUUAUCGAUACACAAACGAAUCGAGCCACGCUUGUGGAAGGUGUACCGGCAUUAGCUCACGAUACGGAGGAACUAUCCAACUGUAACGAUAGGGAGAAUACAGAAUCUCAUCCACAAGUGACUCCUCAGCACCAAAGAUUCGGCGGAAUAGUGUCCGGUUUAUGUACAGGGGCACCUAUGCCCAGUCCCGAAGAAGAAGGAAACUUGUGGCAUACAAAUCAUCAGCUAAAUAAUUUAUCGACUCAAUUGGAGGACAAUCUCAUGUCGACAAGUUUUGCUAGUGAAAAUUGGGAUAGCGAGGACGAUGAGCCAGGCAGCGAAAGUUUGGCAAACGAUCCGGACCACACGCGUGACGAUAACGAUGACGACGAUGAUGAUGAUGACGACGACGACGAAGGAGAAGAUGGUCCGAUGGACGAAGAAGAUGAAGAAAAAGAUGACAAUAGUUCAAGUUCAGGAGAAUUCGUAUGGAUGGAGUUUAAUCAGAGGGAGGGAAAUGAACACGACAGUCCGUCAGUAAAAAAAUCAACAAGGGAUGAUGAUGCCACUAAUGACAUGGAAGAAGAUUCCGAAAGUGACGGAGAUGAAGAAGACGAAGAGGAUGAAGAGGAAGAAUUUACUCCGUCAGCAUGGGAUGCAACUUUAGCUCCUCAUCGUUCGGCAUUAAGAUCGCCCGAUAAAUCUCAAAGAACAGGGGAUCAGAAGAAGAGUGUUUGGUUUAAAAAGCAACGGUAUCAUUGUGUUUACGAGUAUCCUAAAGAAACGCCGCCAAUGGAAAACAGUCCGGCUGUACCUUACUGGGAGGCUACUUCAUACUCAGACUGGGAAGAACUGAUCAAUAACAUGGAUAGAUUGAAUUUCCAACCGAUGGAUUAUUUUGAAUCUAGCAAUACCCGUGCAGGCGCAGAGGAGGAAUUCUUUGUUAGCAGUUCAAACCGUCCCUUCCAGUUUCAGCCAAAAUUUGCCAGCCAAUUUUUCCCAGGUGCUAGUGGUUCGUCGCAAGAUAAAAAUUCGACGCAAGAGCAACAGCAGCAGCAGCAACAACAGACACCAAGACCCGAAGAAUCGCCAUUUACAAGCGAUAGACAACAAUUGGGUGAGCUGAGACACACGCGAGAUCGUCUGACGCUGAACUUCGGUUUAGCCAAUGGCAAUCGCAUAUUACCAUUGUGCAACCCAGUAAGGCACCAUCACGCUCUUUUCAAUGACGACGAGGAAGAAGAGGAAAAUGGCAACGAGGUUACCAAAACAACAACGAUAACAGAGCAACCGCAGCAACAACCGUCGACUGAAAACUCGGCGAUAAUACAAACUUCCGUGAAAACGUCGCCGUCCGACGGGCCCGCGUUACCCAGCGCAGCCAGCCUCCAAGAGUCCAAAAGUAACAGUCGUGAUGACCUCCAAUCCGAUUAGUUAUUAACCUUUGUAAAUGCGAGCGAGACUUACGUAUAAAAAGUCAUUUGUGAUGUUUUCGUAGUUUUUCUUCACUUUCAAGGUUUUUAGUUUUUUUCCCGUUUGGAAAAAAUGUAAUAAUGUCUAAAAAAGUGAGAUAAUUAAUAGGACGGGUGAAAAGCCAACUCAUUUGUACGAAGCUUCGAGAGUUUAUAGAAUUUUUAAUACUACGAUGUACGAUAUAGAGUAGAUUAUGAUGUAGCGUGUGAUAAUUGAAUGUUGUGUAACGCGUGUGAUUUUACAUAGUCUAGGGAAAAAUUUAUGUUAUCAUGUGUCAAAAAUGUUUAUUUUCUGUACUAUAUUUUGUUUUUUUUUUAAUAACACAUAAAUGUUUUAGUUUUGUUGUUUCUGAUUGAUGGCCAACGUUUACCAAAUGUAUCGUUUCAGGGCCGUAAUACGUAUUCGUAGGUAUUUUUCAACUUAAAUAUUUUAAAGGUAUAACGUUAUUUAUAUAUAUCGUGAUAUAAUCCAUAUCUGUUUGGUUUUUGAUUUUUUGCUUCGUUUUAUUAACUAUGUUUGAUAGUUAACCAAAUUUUCGAGGCGAAAAAUCAAAAGCAAUCAACAAACAUAAUACAGUGUGUUCCUAUGGUUAGGAGCUUUUUGUAAUAUUAAUUAACGACCGUAGAAUUUAUUCAGUAUCUCGUACUUUUCAACCAGCGAAACGCUUCGUGUGAAAAAUGUUGGAAUGAGAUGAAAAAAAAAACCAGCAAACGUUGUCAAAGCAAAAUGUCUAGAAAUAAAAAGAAUAUCUCUGAUCGGCCAAAGUCCGUCCGGAAGAAUCUCUGCGGAUUCCUUUUUUGUAUAUAGUGGAACGCGAUUCAACAUAAAACGAGAAUCGAAUCAGUCCACGUGGUGAUAAAAAUCAAAUUUAGAAAUCAUGUCACUUCGAAUAAUUUAAUUCUAUAGAAUUUGUAAAUAUAAAAAUAGUGUAAUGCAUACCUCCUUUUACCACAUAGCAGUUCAUCAUGAUUGCACUAUUGUAAGAAAAAGUUGGUAGUGCCUGAAGCAUUGAAUCCAGUAUCAUAAUGCGAUCGGAUAAUAAUAUCAUUCGUUGUUGUAACAAUCGUGCGAAAUUCGCCACGUAUACUCAUCCGGUGUUUUGUUAAUUAAUAUAUCGAUUCAUUGAGCAUAUAUAUUUCGUAUACAUUUACAUAGCUCUCUACUAUAUUAUCUAUUAUUAUUAUUACUUAUUAUUACAUUAUUACUAUUAUUAAAGUUGUAAUCAUUACUAAGAAUCCUAUUAUCUGCAUAAUAGGAAUCUCGCGAUGAAAAAGGAAAAAAAUGUAUAGCCUAACGAUCAGUCUUCAACUAGGACGUUGUUUUAUUCGUACAUCGAUGUGAAAUCUUGUUCAUAUACUUUAGUAAAACACUUGAGUUUUUUAUAUUAUGCCGAGCGUAGCGCGUUGGGUUCUAAUUUAUAAAAAAUUAUAUGUAUAAUCAUGAUGACGGAGACGGGUCCAUCAAUCUUGUAUAUUCGCAAUAUUUGCGAGAAUUAAAAGGAAAGAAAAUCAAGAAAAUUAAUUAAUUAGAAUUUCGUGUAUCAACUUGAUUUCAUUUAAAUAAUGGGCCUAGUUAGAAAACACGAAUACCAAGAUAUUUUUGUUUUAAUUUUGAACAAGACUAUAAUUUUAAUGAGACUUCAUCGUCAUCAAUAAUUCAAAGAUUACGAAAGUUACCGUAUUAAUUACUUUUUUAACGAUUGUAUCUGUAUCAAUACGAUCUAUUCUAGUACUCACCGCAAUCAUUAUUCGUCAUCAUAAAAGUCUAUAGCAUACUAUUUGAUUGUAGGACAAUUAAUAUAUUGUUAUACAUAAAUUA